AUGGGAGCAACGAGCAGCGGCCCCGGCCCGGCCCCGGUGCGGCCCCCCCAGGGCCGCGCCGUGGGGUCGUGGGUGCGGGCGCUGCUGGGCCGGGCCGGGCCGGUACCGGUACCGGUACCGGUACCGGGGUCGGGGCUCUCCCUGGCCCCGCGGGGCCCCGCCGAGGAGCCGCCGCUGCCCGCGUGGCCGCUGCCGCAGCUCGUCUCGCUCUUCCUGCCGGAGUUCCCCGUCCGCCCCUCCGCCCGCCAGCAGCAGCUCAAGAUCCUGGGCUUCGUGGCCAAAGGCUCCUUUGGGACCAUCCUCAAAGUGCUGGACUGCGGGCGGGAGAAGGUCUGCGCCGUGAAGGUCGUGCCCAAAGUGGAGGUGCUGCGCCGUGACACCCUCAAACAGUGCAAGGAAGAAGUCAGCAUCCAGAGACAGGUCAGGCACCCGUUUGUCCACGGGCUGGGGGACAGCUGGCAGGGCCAGCGCCAUCUCUUCAUCAUGUGUACCUACUGCAGCACCGGAGACCUGCACGCGCUGUGGCGCGCCGCCGAGCGCUUCGCCGAGGCCACCGUCCGCCUGUUUGCCGCCGAGCUGGUGCUGGUGCUGGUGUACCUCCACGACCUGGGCAUCGUGCACAGAGAUGUCAAGAUGGAGAACAUCCUCGUGGAUGAGAGAGGACACCUCAAGCUCACUGACUUUGGCCUCUCCCGGCACCUGCGUUGGGGCGAGCGAGCCCACACCAUCUGCGGCACCCUGCAGUACAUGGCCCCAGAAGUGCUGAGCGGGGGGCCCUACAGCCAUGCAGCUGACUGGUGGUCCCUGGGAGUCCUGCUCUUUGCCCUGGCCAGCGGGGAGUUCCCCGUGGCGCCAGCGGGGGACCAUGUGGCCAUGCUGGAGCGCGUCAAGCAGAGCAGCUACGAGACCCCACCCGCGCUCAGCCCCGCGCUGGCCCGGCUCCUUGCCGAGCUGCUGUGCCACAACCCCCUGCGCCGCCUGCGCUACCUCCACCACUUCCAGGGCCACCCCUUCUUCCGCGGGGUGGCCUUCGACGCCGACCUGCUGCAGAAGGACCCAGUGGCAGUGGCGGUGGCCCCCCGCCCCCCCGAGCAGCCCCCACCUGACCCCGCCACCUUCGCCGACUUCGACUGCGACCUGGCCGCCCCCCCGGGCCGGCCCUGGCCUGGCUGA